AUGAGCUUGCCAUCCUGGAGCCUGAAUGGUUUAAAGAACUCUCGGAGUCUACUCACGUUCACCGACUCCCCAAAGUAUCCAUCGCUAUUGCAACAAUGCCAUGUUGUGGAGGCAAGCUGGAAAAGUGGAAGCGACCAUGCUGAUGUUCAUUUCGAUCAUGUCCUCAGCACUGAUGCGGAGCUUUGCGAUCAUAUCAAAAAGCCGCCUAUGCCGGCGGCUCCAACCAACUCCAACAGCCCCCGGAGCUGGAGUUUCCAUCUAAUAAUAUCGCUACGGGAGGAUUCAUACCUGGUUGAUGACCGGCCAUUUGAUCUCUCAUCAUCCUUCGAUCUCUGCGGCUUCUCCAUGUCAAAAUCCACUUUAAAUGCCGUGCUCAGCAAUUUGAACCUCGAAUCAGAAUUCAUCGAGACCGUUGGGUCCCGAAGAGACAGCGCAAAGCUUUCAUUCUCCCUGGAAGACGUCCUAGAUGCCCGUUGUUUGAGGUACAUUAUGCGAACGGAACGAGCGCUGCCGUCGGACUUGAUCCUCGCCGUGAAUUCUACAGUUGAUGAUAAUCAUUCAUUCACGACUGGAUUUCUCCAUGGCUGCACAGAAAAAGAAGCCCAAUAUAUCAUCAAAUGGCUCAAGAAAGCGUCUCAGGCCUUGAAAGAACCCACCCUUAUGGCCCUUCUUCUGUACGAGAUCCAGUAUGAGCGCCAUACCAACAUUACCCACGGAUAUUGGCGCAGAUACGAUAAUCUCUUUCUCGAAAUCCAUCAAAAGGCCAUAUUGUUAACCGAACUCUCCCCUUCCACGGAGGACAAAACCAAGAUCCGCGACCUCCCCGAGAUAGCUGACUGGCUGAGCACCAUCUUUGGGAUGCAUAGCAAGCAUGGCCGCAUGAAUCGUCAUUUCUGUACCUCCCAAGGCAACCUGCACUUGUUACAGCACCUUGUAGAACAGUUAUCGCAGAGUCAAACGACUCCACCUUGCCCCGUGUUCCACACAGCAUCCUCAAUAACCCACAGACUACAGCAAAUAAAUGCUGGAUAUAAGGAUCUGGAACAGCAGGCAUUACUUCUCAAGGAAGGCACUAGCCUCUUUUUAACUACAGUGUGGAGCUUAAUCGCCCAAAGAGACAGCCAAAUAUCACAGAGAGCAAACAUAAUCAACCAGGAGAUUGCCACUUCGAGUCGCGUGGUCGCCAAAGCAAGUGGAGACGAUAGCUCGGCGAUGAAAGCCCUCGCGGUCCUCACCAUGGUAUUCUUACCAGGUACUACACUAGCAACUGUUCUCGCCCUGCCCGUAUUCGACUGGGACUCUCAUCGUUUCUGGCCCACAACCCGAUCGAGUAUCUGGAUCAUCUGCGCUCUCGCAGCCAUCUUGACGUUCCUGGUUCUCUACCUUUGGCGAUAUUGGUUCCUCGGUACGAUUUGGGAGAAAGACGGGGCUGACGGCACCAACGUACCAUAUCGGCGGCUGGAUCGACUCCUUCUACGGCGCCAUGACAGGCAGAAAGUCGGGCUUCUGGAGAGCCAAAGCCAGGAUCCCGACGAGGAAAAGGAGCCUAAACCGAAUACGAGGGUUAAAAUGUCGGCUCCGAUUCUUAUUGCCCGCUCCAAGAAGCCUGCGCCUAACGUCCCGUGCAACUCAGAGCCUGGAGUGGAUCUCGGCCCUUCUGAAAACGAAUUAUAG